AUGGCCCCUGGGCGGCCCGAGGCGUCGGCGAGAGCAGAGGAGGCCCCUCAAGGGCUGUCCUGGGGACUUGCCGUUGUUUGUUUCUUUGCUUACAGUUCCCGCCCAGCACACAUUGGGGUGAGCGGGGGCUGUGGUACGGGAGGGCGGAGGAAUCCUGUUGACAGGGGGCUCCGCACCGAACUGAUUAUAGAAGAGUACUUUGUUAGCAUUACUUCGACAGUAGGUAGCUUGAGGCUACAAACAGCCGCUUCGAUCUUUUACGUGAAAAGCAUAUUUCUGGCAAAAUUUGCAUACCUCUCUCAGUGUGUUUUCGGACCCGUGUUAGUUUCUGCCCUUUCUUUGACAUUGGCACAGAUUUUACUCCCAAGUGACCUAGUUCAGGGACCUAACCCUGGCAGGUCUUUAGUUGUGUAUUCUGAAGUGAUUCCUUGUGGGAUUCAGGUUACGACUGAUGGGAAACCCAAGAUAGUUGAUAUAAUUGAUACAACAGGCAGUGGUGAUGUAACUACAUGUACCAUUGUAGAACCUAAAGAUGGGGAAAUUACCGGUCUUUCUGGAAGAACUUUAAAGAUUCCAGCGAACUGGGUAAAUCCUUCAGGCAAAUAUCACAUUGGCAUAAAAAAUGGCUAUGAUAUCUAUCCUAAAGCUCUUAAGGAGAGGAUUCAGAAAGAACGCAAGGAAAAGCUCUGGGAUCCUGUUCACAGACUGGCUCUAGCAGAGGCCUGUAGGAAACAAGAAGAAUUUGAUGCUGCUCAUAGCUCUCCCUCCCAAGUGAAUAAGCUGAUAAAGGAAGAACUUCAAAAUCAAGUGGAACUGUUGAAUUCUUUUGAGAAAAAAUAUAGUGAUCCUGGCCCAGUAUAUGAUUGUCUAGUAUGGAACGACGGUGAGACCUGGAGAGCCUGCAUAGAUACAAGUGAGAGUGGUGACUUAACUAGCUGUACAGUGCUGAGAACCUACAAAGAGGCUCAGGAAUAUGGAUCUUUUGGAACAUCUGAGAUGUUGAAUUAUUCUGUGAACAUAUAUGAUGAUGGAAACCUUCUUUCCAUUGUGACAAGUGGAGGAGCACAUGGAACACACGUGGCUAGUAUUGCAGCUGGAUACUUUCCAGAAGAACCAGAACGAAAUGGUGUGGCUCCUGGAGCUCAGAUUCUUGCAAUCAAGAUUGGCGAUACGAGACUAAGUACAAUGGAAACUGGCACUGGUCUAAUAAGAGCUAUGAUAGAAGCAAUAAAAUACAAAUGUGAUCUUGUCAACUAUAGCUAUGGAGAGGCAACACACUGGCCAAAUUCUGGGAGGAUUUGUGAAGUAAUUAAUGAAGCAGUGUGGAAACACAAUGUGAUCUAUGUUUCAAGUGCAGGAAAUAAUGGCCCUUGCCUUUCUACAGUAGGAUGUCCUGGUGGAACUACAUCUAGUGUAAUAGGUGUUGGCGCCUAUGUAUCACCUGACAUGAUGGUCGCUGAAUACUCUUUAAGAGAAAAACUGCCAGCAAAUCAAUAUACUUGGUCAUCCAGAGGGCCUAG